CAGGCAGGCAAUGUAAUCCUCACCGAAACUAACGGAAUAGACAAGCGGAUUGCGCCCUAGAUUAGCCGACCUGUGUCUUAAUUCUCAAGAUUGGGGAAGAAUAACCGUUUUUGUAUCCUAACCGUGCGGCAAACGCACCAAAUAGCUGACUUGCUAUCGCGAAUGUAGCCGCUUUGUUUGGCUUCUUUGCCUUUUUUUCUUUUUCGCUGUGCGUGUCUUUGCUGAGACAAUGGAAUCACUCCGCUCUCAACGUCUACAACCUGGGAUAGGACCUGGGAUAGGACCGGGAAUGGGCUAUGGAGCAGGGUCCACUGGUACUCUACGGUCGUUGCGGCCCGGCGUUACAGCGUCGAGCACCAACCCGAAAUCCGCCUCGGCUCCUCUGUCUGUAUCGCCAGGACCACCGCCGCCUCCGCCGCCUCUACAGUUCCACAGCCUCGGGAUGGGCGUCAUGGGCUCCAUGGGCUCCAUGGGCUCGGCUACUUUGGGGGCUCCGGGAAUGGCGAGCGCGGGGCUAUGCAAUCCAGCCAACCCGGCUGUGUUGAGAGAGGCAGUCGAUGCCGUUGUCAGAAGUUUUGCGAAACACACACAAGGUUAUGGGAGAGUCAACGUGGUGGAGGCUCUGCAGGAGUUCUGGCAGAUGAAGCAGUCGCGAGGGGCCGACCUGCGGAACGGGGCGCUGGUGGUGUACGAGAUGGUGCCCUCCAACAACGCCCCCUACGUCUGCUACGUCAGCCUGCCCGGCGGCAGCUGCUUCGGGAGUUUCCAGUUUUGUCCAACGAAGGCCGAAGCCAGACGCAGUGCGGCCAAGAUUGCCCUCAUGAACUCGGUCUUCAACGAACACCCCUCCCGACGCAUCACAGACGACUUCAUCGAGAAGAGUGUGUGCGAAGCCUUGGCCUCGUUCAACGGCAACAGAGAGGAGGCAGACAACCCCAACACAGGCAUCGGCGCUUUCCGUUUCAUGCUGGAGUCCAACAAGGGAAAGUCCAUGCUGGAGUUUCAGGAACUAAUGACGGUGUUCCAGCUGCUCCACUGGAAUGGCAGCUUGAAGGCCAUGAGGGAGAGGCAGUGUUCCCGCCAGGAGGUGCUGGCGCACUACUCGCACCGGGCGCUGGACGACGACAUGCGCACGCAGAUGGCGGCUGACUGGGUGAACCGCGAGCAGGUGGUGGCCAGCACCAUCAACCGGGAGCUGGCGGCCACCGAGCGCGAGCUGGAGGACGCGCGGCUGGCGGGCCGCGAGCUGCGCUUCUACAAGGAGAAGAAGGACAUCCUCAUGCUGGCCGUGGGGCAACUGGGAGCGGGCAACAACACGGCCACCCUCCCCUGCGCUUGCUAGGGACCGCUGGUGGUGGUGUUAGCGGCAGCGGCCGGAGCGCCGGUGUGGUGGUUGUGGUGUGGUGUGGUGUGGGGGUGGGGAUGGGGGUGGUGGUGCCUGUGUGUGUGUGUGCGGUGUGUUGUGGUGGUGCUUUUUUUCCGAAAAGGACAAUUGGGAGGGGCCAACAACACGGCCACGCUCCCCUGCGCUUGCUAGGGACCACUAGUGGUGGUGGUGGUGGUGGUGGCAGCGGCCGCGGAGCGCCGGU